AACCAGGUAAUUUUCCGCUGGCCACUUGCGACCACACCGACGGUGAAAAGGCGAAAUAAUUAAUUGUAACAAAUUGCCGCAGUGCGAAUAAAAGUAAAACGUGCAAUCCCAACUAAACAGCCAGAAAAUUUGGAGCAGCGCAGCAGACGCAGACGAGAAAGUGACGACGCAGCAAAACGAAGCAACAAAAAGAAAAUCGGCGACGUAUACGUUCAACUUUGACAGAAUUAAGGCUUCGAGUCCAACGCCGCCGCCACCGCAAUGUCAUGCCGCGCCCCCUUCCAGCCAGACGACCAGUAUGAGCAGCUUCGCCGGCCAAACGCCGGAGGAACCGGCGGAGUGGGCAUGCCCGGACUGGAGCAGCAGGCGCACCUCUUUGGGGAUUACGGUGGGGCUCAGGGUUACGGGCAGGCGCAGGUAGCCGGUGGCUACCAGCAGCAAAUGCCGGUGCAGGCCAAGCUCUCUGCUUCGGCUUCCGUUUUCAUCCCUCAAGGAUCUGCUCCCCAACAGCAGCAGCAGGCGCGUCAUCAGCAGUACCAGCAGGCUGGUGGAGCAGGCGGCUCCGGAGGUGGAGCUUCUUAUGGCCAACAGCAGCAGCAGCGUUACGUGAACGGCUAUAGGCACCACCAUCAGCAGCAGCAUCAUCAGCAGCCGCACUACAACCAUCAUCACAAUCAUCAGCAGAAGUUCAACAACGACAUGCAGAAGCUAACGAAUUCCGUGCAGAACCGCCUGCAGCUGAACAGCCAGCAGGGCUCGGCUGGCAAUUACUAUCAGCAGCAGCAGGUACACCAACAAAACACACACCACCACCACCAACAACAACACUACCAGCAGCCGCAUCAGCCACACAACCAACACGCCAAGUUCCAACGGCAUACCCACUUGAAUAACUCAUUCCAACAAAUCGCACAGCAGACACAGCACCACCAGCAGCACAGCCACCAGCAGGAGCAGUAUUUCCAGAACCAGAACCAACAGCAGCAGCCAUCCACUUCGUCCGCGGCGGCAUCGUCGUCGUCCUCGAACUCUUCGCAGCCGGACAUGGCCACCAUUGCUCUGGAGUAUCUCGAUACAGUAAUACAUUGCCUUAACCAGAAUCCGGGCCAAUUUGAUACUAUUGCAUCACGCUUCCUUACAAUUUUUGAGGGCAUGGAGAACAACGACUACGUGCUCUCUAUUGCCAUGGAGGACAUCUUCGAGAAGUCAAUCGAGCAGUCGAACUUUCGAUACAUGGGCGCCAAGCUUUACAAUCUGCUGCAUAUGCUCAACGCCAAGCCGGACUCCCUGUUCAACAGUCUGCUGAAGUGCAAGCUGGAGUAUCACCAGAAGGAGGUGACCAAGUACAUGUCCAACGAACAGCAGAAGGUUCGCGAGACGGCCCUCUUCUUGGCCGAACUGUACAUGCAGUUGCGCGGCGACGACGACUCGCGCAUCCAGCUGAUUGCUGAGAACAUUGUUUACUCCCUGGGUAAGCUGCUGCAAAACGAGAGCAAAGAAAACGUCCGAUGCAUAUGUCAGACCCUCAAGCUUGCUGGCUAUGAUCUGACGGCCGAUUGCGCGAAGGACAUGCAGGAGAUUAUCGCGGCCCUGCAAGCGAUCGAGUUGAACUCGCCGGGCAAGCAUCCAAUGGCGGCCAGCGUAAUUGCUCUUCAGCAGAACAACUGGGGCAGGAAGGUGUCCAACGCUCUUGGCGGUGAUGAGGAUUUAGUGCCGGAGCCACCGCGUCUGAGCGAUGAACCCGUGUUUUACGGACCCGAUGGCCGCGAGCUGACCGCCGAGGAGACCGACUUUCUGGCCGCCGAGGACGGCGGCAACAGCGAUGGCGACGACUUUGAUGGCGAUGGUGGUGAAUUGGAAAUGGAUGCUGAGAUGGACGAGGAAACCGAGCGCGCCUACAAGGAGUUCUGCAAGCAGAAGACCUAGAUGACUGUGGACGAAUGUGUUGCGUUAAGUGGAUUCGCGGGGGCGGGGCAGGUGGCAAAAUAUAGCGUAGGAUAUAGGAGGAAGGCGGUAGAGAGUGAGGAGUGGAGCAUUUCCAACAAAUUCUCGGUUGUAGAAUCGAUGAUUGCAGUUGCUUGGUUCAGAACCAAUUGUGAUUAUCUUUUAAAUUAUUGAUAGCAAAUUGUUUGUGAUAUCUUCGUGUUUCAUGCACUUACCAUAUUAUGACAUGUGUUGAUGACUUUGUUCAAACGCUUUUUUGUGUGAUACGCUCGUUUUGUAUCUGUAUCUCUGAUAACUAACUCUCUGCCGGUACUAUCAGUUUAUUCAUCAGUUUUUUAUACUUUUAAAUUUUGAAUAAUCGCAAAGCCAGGAUUUUAACCGUAAACGGUCAAAAUAUAUAACGAUUAAGCCACUGCCACGCUGACCCGAACCGCUAACACACACACGCAGCUGCACUCAAAGACUCGUACUCAUAUGCGCACCCACACACUUGCAUGGCACAUAUGCAGACUCAUAAAACGGCAGAAAAAAAAAUAACAGCAAAUUUCACAUUCAAUUAAACAACAUUCUCUUGAUCAUACAAAUCGAAAAAGGAAAAAAACAGCAGCCACGCCUAAUUUUAAAAUAAUUGUAAUUAAUGUUAACGAAACCAUGAUUUAAAUAUAAAUAAAAUUUA